AUGUCGGCCCUAGCAACAUCGAUAGUCCUCGCCACAUCUAUUCUUCUAGUGGUAUUAUGGGGCAGGUCACAUAAAGCCCAUUCCACAUCAAAUGACCUAGCAAUAUGCCGCCAAAUCAUUGCCGGCGUCUUGAAACACAAAGCCCAAUCGAAUAUCCUCUCACCUCACCAAGCCAAAGCACUCGCAAAUAAACAUCUUCCAAUCGCCUUCGGAAUCGAUAAUGCCUUCACUCGCAGAGACAGUGUCCACGCCAGCAUUGGCACAGCGUAUCCGAGUUCGCGAGUCACGACCAACCACUGGAUCGAGCAUGGUUUCCCCGGUCUAGAUCAUAGCUGCGGUGACAGCUCUCACAAAGAACAGGACAAGGCCCGAAAUAAGAUCAGUGUCAACCGCAAUUGGAUAAAGGUCGCCAGUUUGGCGCAGAUGCUUUCAUUGAAAGUUGUAUUAUGGCAGAUAUUCGGCCAAAAGACCCAAGAUAAAACAUGCGAAGAGAGUCUUCUGAAUCUAGCGCAGUCUAUAAAUCGAGUGUGGAUAUCUUCCAAGGUAGAAUCUAACGACAACGAUAUCCCCAAAUUCGAAGACGACGAUUUACUCCAGACGUCGUUGGAGAAUAUCUUUGGGAGACAUGAUCGUCCAGAGGAUAACCCACUAAAUCUAAUACUGCCUUCAUUCGAGACCAUGUGGCGUGUCGUCUUACGGGCUUUCCUGGAAAUCAAGUUCGCGGGUGGGAAAGAAAUACCUGCGUGGCGGGAGACGAUGAUUGCUUUUGCUUCUCGGCCUACCAAAUCCCAAUUCGACACAGGCUUUGGACCCCCUUCUAGUCGCUCCAAACCUCAAUCUAGCGAUGAUCCCGGCAUAGGUAAUACGCGCGGUGUUCAGAGGUCACCCAGUGCGAAUUCCAUAGUUCGUGAAUCUCUCCGACUAUACGUGCCCACGAGACACGUACACCGAGCGUACCAGUGGGACCAGGGCACGGGGGCAUCGUAUAAAAUCCACUCCGCUGAUAUUGAGAGAUGCCAGUUGAGGUCUGAUAUAUGGGGUUCUGAUGCAGAGCGAUUCAACCCGAAUCGCUGGUCUGCUCUUACGCGGGCGCGGGGAAAUGCCUACUUGCCCUUUGGAUGUCCGCCGUUUGAGUGUCCCGCCAAGGCGACUUUCGGGCCGAGAAUGAUUGCGGUCUUGGUUGGGUCUUUGUUGGCGGUUUUAGAUGAAGAUUCAUCAAGGAGUUGGUCUUUGGAUUGCGCAGAUGGGAGGGUAUUGGGACAUAUCGCGUCUGGGACGAGGUUGUGUCCGCAGAGGAAUGCCUAUACGGAUUUAUAUCUAGUGCGGUCUGUGGAGUAG